AUGGGCGUCAAGGAGAUCUUCACCGAGUCCACCCUGGCUCGGUACGCGGCGGCCAUGUGGGCUGCGCCGCGCGAGAUUGUCCUCAACCGGAGGAUGCUCCUGUCGGCCGCCUUGUACGCCAUGGCCGGCAUCCCCAUCACCUGGGACCAGGGCUCCUCCUCUGUGAUGACGAACCUGCCCGGCUUCCAGGAGCACUUUGACAUCAGCUCGGGCAAGGACGCGAGCCUGAUCCGCAACUUUGUCUCCCUCGUCUACGUCGGCUGCGGCGUCGGCGCCGGCCUGUCCUUCUUCGUCAACGACCGCAUCGGCCGCCUCUGGGCCUUUCGGCUCUACAUGCUCAUCUGGGUCGUCGGCCAGCUCAUCGCCACCUUUGCGCCGGACAUCAACGCCCUCUACGCCGCCCGCAUCGUCUGCGGCCUGGGCAUCGGGCCCCUGACCGUCCUGGGCACCAUGGCCAUUGUCGAGAUCGCCCCGACGGCCAUGCGCGGCCUGCUCGCCUCCUGGUUCAGCGUCGUCAUGCUGCUCUCCCUCUUCCUCUCCACCUUUACCGUCUACGGCGUCUACGAGCACAUGGAGCCGAGCCGCCUGCAGUACCAGGUCGUCUGCUUCUUCCUCUGCGAGUCGCCCCGCUGGCUCUUCCUCGUCGGCCGCGACGACGAGGGCGUCCGCACCAUUGAGCAGCUCCGCGGUCUGCCCGCCGACCACCCUGUCGUCCACGCCGAGAUUGCCGAGAUCAAGGCGUCCAUUGCCCAGGAAAAGAGCCACUUUCACGACGCCUCGCGCGGCACCGCCAUUGUCUCCAUCCUCCGCGAGGCCUUUACCGUCCCCGCCAACCUGCGCCGCAUCCAGCAGUCCCUCGUCUCGUACGCCCUCGCCCAGCUGUCUGGCGCCAACUCGGUUACCUCGUACCUCGUCCCCAUCCUCUCCCUCAUGGGCAUCGGCGGCGAUACCUCCCGCAGCCUCUUCCUCAGCGGCAUGUACAGCAUGGCCAAGUUCUUCUUCUGCCUCAUCGCCUCCUUCUUCAUCGACGCGCUCGGCCGUCGCAAGUCCCUCUUUGUCGGCAUCACCACCCAGAUGCUCUCCGACAUCUACCUCGGCGUCUACAUCAAGUACAAGCAGCAGGGCGACGUCUCCGACGGGGCCUCGCAGGCCGCCAUUGCCGCCAUCUUCAUCCACGGCUUCGGCUACGCCGUCGGCCUCCUCAUCCUCCCAUACGUCUUUGGCGGCGAGCUCUGGCCCAACCGCCUCCGCUCCUUUGGCAGCGCCCUGUCCCAGACGUUCCAUUGGCUCUUCUACUACGGCAUGAACGCCGCCAUGCCCAACAUCCUCUCGCAGAUGGACAACUGGGGCGCCUUUAUCUUCUUUGCGGGCUGGUGCUUUGUGGCCCUGCUCUACGUCUUCUUCAUGGUGCCCGAGAUUGCGGGCCUCAGCAUGGAGGAGAUGGAUGCCAUAUUCAAGGGGCCCUGGUUCAACGCAUGGCGGUCCCCGGCCAAGAGGGACACCAUUGUCGGGCAGCAUGCCGACCCAUGCCCGAGAGACUCGUCCUCCUCAGGCCCCAACAAGGACAGGGCCGUCUCUGACGAGCGCGCUGUUGUCUAA